GCAUUUAGCACCACAUUAAGGGUGCGGAUGCGGCAAUGUCAAAAGAAGGCUGGUUUGGCAGAGCCCUCAGAUGACCCGGUAAAAAAUGGCUAAUGUCUUCUUGGUCUCUGUUUGGGGGUUCCUUGCUGGCGCCAGCUCUUCUUUCACUUGUCCAGCCAAUAGGGCUACAGGUGGCAUUAUGAAUGUUGCGAGUUACGGGUUCUGCGAACCUCUUGCUCUCGAGAUUGCACGAAUACUAUUGAAUUGAGACGCGCUACCAGAGCGCUCGCUGGCCAAAACCAUUGUUGCGGUCUACAUACGGGGAUUCAGCACAAAC